CGCCUCCCUGACAGGAUCACGUGAUCCCUUUCAAAGAUGGCCGCCCUGUUGUUUUGAUGAAUAAUACUUGGUGGGGCGAGAGGAAGGAUCGCUUCCUAACGCCUUUCACCAUUAAGAGAAAAGCGAUGGAGGAGCUGAGCGCCGAUGAGAUUCGUCGGAGGCGCCUCGCACGGCUGGCUGGUGGGCAGACCUCCCAGCCAACCACCCCGCUCACCUCUCCCCAGAGGGAGAACCCUCCGGGGCCUCCUAUCGCAGCGUCAGCCCCCGGCCCUUCGCAGAGUCUCGGUCUCAACGUCCACAGCAUGACCCCAGCUACCUCCCCCAUAGGCGCAUCAGGAGUAGCCCAUCGGAGCCAGAGCAGUGAAGGAGUCAGUUCUCUUAGCAGCUCGCCCUCUAAUAGCCUUGAAACACAAUCUCAGUCUCUCUCACGUUCCCAGAGCAUGGAUAUCGAUAGCGUCUCUUGUGAAAAAAGCAUGUCCCAGGUGGAUGUGGAUUCAGGAAUUGAAAAUAUGGAAGUUGAUGAAAAUGAUCGAAGAGAAAAAAGGAGCCUCAGUGAUAAGGAACCUUCCUCUGGCCCUGAAGUGUCUGAAGAGCAGGCCUUACAGCUGGUCUGUAAGAUCUUCCGUGUCUCUUGGAAGGACCGAGACAGAGAUGUCAUCUUUCUUUCUUCUCUUUCUGCACAGUUUAAGCAGAACCCAAAAGAAGUGUUCUCUGAUUUUAAGGACUUGAUUGGCCAGAUAUUAAUGGAAGUGCUAAUGAUGUCCACUCAGACUAGAGAUGAAAACCCAUUCGCCAGUCUGACAGCCACGUCACAGCCAAUUGCAGCAGCAGCUCGGUCACCAGACAGAAAUCUGAUACUCAAUACUGGCUCCAAUCCAGGAACAAGCCCCAUGUUCUGCAGUGUGGGUUCCUUUGGUGCCAGCUCUUUGUCUAGCCUCUAUGAAACUAGUCCUGCUCCCACCACCAGUUUCUGGAGCUCUGUCCCCAUGAUGAGCCCGUCUUUUGCCUCACCCUCCCGUGCAGCCAGCCAGACAGCUGUGCCUUCCUCUUUCCUCAGUCCUCAGAGUGCGGCUUCUGGAACUGCUGCAGCAAGCCAGCCGUCGUCCCCGCGGUAUCGCCCCUACACUCUCACUCACCCGUGGGGGUCCUCACCUUCUCCCACCCCACGGUCUUCAGGCAUCUCUGUUCUGUCCAGCUCCCCAAGCCUCCCUGCCCCCGCCAGUAGCCCCCGAGCAGUGCCUGCCAGCAGUUCCAGACAGAGGCCCACCAGCAUGGGGCCGCCUUUCCCGCCCACCGCCUCUCCCAGUGCCGUGAGCAGACGUCCCUCCUCCCUGAGGAUCUCUCCUAGUUUGGGAGCCUCUGGUGGAGCAAGUAACUGGGAUUCUUACAGUGACCAUUUUACCAUUGAAAUGUGCAAGGAGACAGAUAUGCUGAACUACCUCAUUGAGUGUUUUGACCGAGUUGGAAUAGAGGAAAAAAAAGCACCAAAGAUGUGCAGCCAGCCAGCAGUCAGCCAGCUUCUGAGCAACAUCCGCUCUCAGUGCAUAUCCCAUACCGCGUUAGUACUGCAAGGCUCCCUAACGCAGCCGAGGUCCAUGCAGCAGCCGUCCUUCCUAGUGCCGUAUAUGCUGUGUAGGAAUCUCCCAUAUGGCUUCAUUCAAGAACUGGUGAGAACUACUCACCAGGAUGAAGAAGUGUUCAAGCAGAUCUUUAUCCCCAUUUUACAAGGCCUGGCUCUUGCUGCCAAAGAGUGCUCCCUCGAUAGUGACUACUUCAAAUACCCCCUCAUGGCAUUGGGUGAACUCUGUGAAACCAAGUUUGGGAAGACACACCCUGUAUGCAAUUUGGUUGCUUCUUUGCCAUUGUGGUUGCCGAAAUCCUUAAGCCCUGGCUCUGGGCGGGAGCUGCAGAGACUCUCUUACUUGGGAGCUUUCUUUAGCUUCUCAGUCUUUGCAGAAGAUGAUGCUAAAGUGGUUGAAAAAUAUUUUUCAGGGCCUGCCAUUACCCUGGAAAACACUCGUGUUGUUAGCCAGUCACUACAGCAUUACUUAGAGCUUGGAAGGCAAGAGCUCUUUAAGAUUCUACAUAGUAUUUUGUUAAAUGGUGAAACCCGUGAGGCUGCUCUUGGCUACAUGGCAGCUGUCGUCAAUGCCAACGUGAAGAAAGCACAGAUGCAGGUAGGGUCCCUAAAGAUGGCUUUUCAUUGUAUUCAUCCAUCUCACCCAAGUGUGUUCAGUACCAGGCAUUGUUUCAGGGAUGGGGAUCACAAGCAAAGGAAUGCAACAAUGGAGGAUGUGAACGAUUGGCUGACUGAACUCUAUGGAGAUCAGCCUCCAUUUUCUGAGCCGAAAUUCCCUACGGAAUGCUUCUUUCUCACCCUGCAUGCUCACCACCUCUCUAUUCUGCCUAGUUGCCGUCGCUAUAUCCGCAGACUCCGGGCCAUCCGGGAACUUAAUAGGUAUACUGUAGAAGAUUUGAAAAAUAAUGAAAGCCAAUAAGAUUCCCCGCUGGCAACAGCACGUGAAAUGCUGAAGCGCUUGUAAACUCAGCUUAAGAAACUGGUACGGUGCAAGGCCUGUGCUGACGCCGGCUUACUUGACGAGAGCUUCCUGCGAAGAUGCCUGAAUUUUUAUGGCCUUCUCAUUCAGCUGCUGCUCCGCAUCCUGGACCCUGCAUAUCCCGAUAUAACACUGCCUUUAAAUUCAGAUGUCCCCAAGGUAUUUGCAGCAUUACCUGAGUUUUAUGUAGAAGAUGUUGCCGAAUUUUUAUUUUUUAUUGUACAAUACUCACCUCAGGUGCUUUACGAGCCCUGUACUCAGGAUAUUGUGAUGUUCCUUGUCGUGAUGUUGUGCAACCAGAACUACAUCCGCAAUCCAUAUCUGGUGGCCAAACUGGUAGAAGUCAUGUUUAUGACCAACCCCUCUGUUCAGCCACGAACCCAGAAGUUUUUUGAAAUGAUUGAGAAUCAUCCUCUCGCCACCAAACUGUUGGUACCUUCGCUGAUGAAGUUUUAUACAGAUGUGGAGCAUACUGGAGCUACCAGCGAGUUCUAUGACAAGUUCACAAUUCGCUAUCACAUUAGCACCAUUUUUAAAAGCCUUUGGCAAAACAUAGCUCACCACGGCACCUUUAUGGAGGAGUUCAAUUCUGGGAAGCAGUUUGUUCGCUAUAUAAACAUGCUGAUAAAUGACACGACAUUUUUGCUCGAUGAAAGUCUGGAGUCUCUGAAGCGGAUCCAUGAAGUGCAAGAAGAGAUGAAGAACAAAGAACAGUGGGAUCAGCUGCCCCGGGAUCAGCAGCAGGCCCGCCAGUCUCAGCUUGCUCAGGACGAGCGCGUCUCCCGCUCUUAUCUGGCCCUGGCGACAGAAACCGUGGACAUGUUCCACAUCCUCACCAAGCAGGUCCAGAAGCCGUUCCUCAGGCCCGAACUUGGACCCCGAUUGGCUGCAAUGCUGAAUUUUAAUCUUCAGCAACUCUGUGGCCCCAAGUGCCGUGACCUGAAAGUUGAAAACCCUGAGAAAUACGGCUUUGAACCAAAGAAGCUGUUGGACCAACUGACGGAUAUUUACUUGCAGCUGGACUGUGCUCGGUUUGCUAAAGCCAUUGCUGACGACCAGAGAUCCUACAGCAAGGAAUUGUUCGAAGAAGUUAUUUCAAAGAUGCGGAAGGCAGGGAUCAAAUCCACGAUAGCUAUAGAAAAGUUUAAACUUCUCGCGGAGAAGGUAGAGGAGAUAGUGGCCAAGAACGCACGCGCAGAAAUCGACUACAGCGACGCUCCGGAUGAGUUCAGAGACCCUCUGAUGGACACCCUGAUGACCGACCCGGUGCGGCUACCCUCCGGCACCAUCAUGGACCGCUCCAUCAUUCUGCGCCACUUGCUCAACUCCCCCACAGACCCCUUCAACCGACAGACGCUGACAGAGAACAUGCUGGAACCAGUGCCAGAACUAAAAGAACAGAUUCAAGCAUGGAUGCGAGAGAAGCAGAACAGCGAGCAUUAAGCCGUCCCUUCGCCCACCCUCUGCCAGAAACAGCCAAGGCCAGCGAGGCGGGCAGCGGCAGCGGCAGUGCUGAAACUGCUGUGCAGACAUUGGAGGCCAAAUGUGGCAGACUACCCCCGAGCCCACCCAGAGCGACCAAACGCUAGAGAGCCGAAAGGACGCCACGAGAAGAGGAGCCCGAUCCCUGUACAUAUAUUUAAGUGACAAACAUGGUCAAAAGCUUGAGGGACAAGCUUUAUAGUUGCUUGUGUAAUAAAGCACGUCCUUCAUAUGUCACCAUUUGGGGCUUUUGCAGCAGAAAUCUUUUAGUGACGGCCAGUGGGUCUGGGCAGCAUCCCUUCAUCUUUUUUUUUUUUUUUUUAAUCCAGUAUCCGUUGAUUUGAUUGUGAUUAGAGAACUUUGGACAUUUUGCUGCUAAAGAAUCUUUUCCCCCUGUCUCCCUUCCUGACCCUACUUGCACUGCUGUGGAUUUUUUUAAAGACAAGCAAAAACAAAAAUAAACUCCUUUCCCCAGCCCUCCAAACAUAUAUUCUGUGAGAUAACUGUGCCUGCUACAAAGUGUUAAUCCUGGGAUCGUAUUUUUAUAUCAUAUUCACAUAUUUGUUUUUUUAAUUGGUGUUAGAUGACAUGAUUAAUAAAAAAGGCAAGAUAUUUUCAGAAUUUGAAUUUCAGUUUUUUUUUUUUUUUUCUUUUGAAAUGUCCCUUUCAAAUUUUUUUAUUCUAAACAAAGCGAAUGAAGCGAAUCCUGUUGCUCUGGUCCUUAUCAUAAGCCCUGUUAGGAAUCCAAGGAACAGUUGCAACAAAGGAAGGGUUUAGGUGUAUCAGGACUUACAUGACUUAGGGUUUUUUUGGGGGAGAGAUGAGGGUUGGUUUUUUUAAUGCUAUGUGACAGUUUAAAACCUUUACAGUUAUCAUAUAAGGGUAAAUAAAUUCCUCCACCCUUGAGUGUGUGAGUUUGAGGCAGGGUCAUUUGUACAAUGUGUCCUUUGGGGUUUGGCCUUACCAAAGCAAAAGAGGGUGCGAGGAAUGUGGCAGUGUGUCUGCUUGUUUAAACACACACAGACAGACACAGCCACACACGCAAGCGCCAGACUUUUUGUAUUACUGCUCCCUACUUAACAUACUUGAAUUCUUGAAUUUCCCUUGGGGUAAAAAAGGAUUUGAAACCAUAAAGUGUUUUGAAGAAAUUAAGUCUACAAAAACAUUCUUUUUUCUUUUCCUUUUUUUCCCCCCUCCACAGACAAUGUCCUCUGUUCAAUUCCUAACGCAAACUACAAUAAAUGGUGAUACACAUUCAGAAGGAA